AUGGACCUGCGGUGGCGGUGGCAACCGCUGGGAGCUGCAUACCCUUCAGCGAGAACUUCAGACAGCCUGAGCUCAGGAUGGCCCCAGCCCCACAGCUCACGCAGUUCAGAGGGCAGAGAGGCGGGUCUGAGAGACUUGCGCUGGCGACGUGCGAAGGGGCCAGCCAACGUACACUGGGCUGGCAUUCUCUGGGCCUACCAUGUAGGUCGGCGGUUGCAGCCCUGCGAAGUCUGGAUGUCGAAGGCAUUGGCUAGCAGCCCGUGGUUGGUCGUCCUCCGCUACCUAGACACGAAGACGGAGACUGGUGCAAGAGAGCUACACUUGCCGGAAGCAGUGGGGCUCAGAGUGCUCGCCCGUGCUGGGAGAUGGCAGGCGUCACUGGGCUUCCUGAAAGACCACCUGGCAAGUUUCCAGGUGGCGCUGGCCCAAAGCAUCGCUGAAACUGGCCAGCUGGCCGUGGCUAUCCGCCUUGCAUAUGCUGCCGCGGCUGAGGCUGCCGAGGACGGUUCCAUGCCGGCCCUGCGGCGUCCACUUCGGCAGCUCUGCAGCACCUGCUUCGAGUCUCGGUGGCCUUCUGGCCUGGGACUGCUCAGGGAGCUGCGCCGGCUCCGCCUAACAGGCGAAGUUGUUUUUCCCGCGGCGAGCCGUGCAAUGAACGACUCAAACUGGAGAGAGGCCCUCGCCCUGCUUGGGGUCUUCGAAGACGUGCGGCUGCGCCCGACGGUGAAAAGCUUUGCUCACCUCGCGCACGCCGGCGGGCCAUGGGUGCUGUCGCUGGCGCUGGUGCAGUCGCAGUCAGCGCAGGGCCAAGGCUUGUCUGGCUACGACCGGGCUCAGGGCCUGCGCUGGAGAUCCUGGCGUGACCCGCUGCAGCAUCUUUCACAGCUGAAGCCUCCGAAUGCGCUGGCCUCCGUCGCCGGCAUGCGCUCCCUCUGCGAUGGCUUUCACCUGAAGGCGACCUGGCAAAGGGCCAUGAUGAUCUUUUCUCAGCACUUUCCCCGUUUCGGAAGUGCCGAUGCUUACGUCUGCUGCGAAGCUCUGCGGGUCUGCGUGUCGGGAGCUGCGUGGACGCUGUCCCUCCGCUUGCUUGACACGCUGAGCCGCAAGAAACGGAUCGGGAUGAUCGGGAUGCGGAGGAGCCGAUUUUUGAAAAGCCAAUCCCUGGCUUUCACUUUAACGAUCCGGGCCUGCAGUUGGCCACGGCAGUGGACUGCGGUGCUGACUUUGCUGGGGGAGGUCCUGCUGCGGCGCCUCGAGUGCCACGUGGGGAUGUACGACGCCGGUCUCUUCAGCCUCGUCCUCGUGCAAAAAAAGGGCACCACUGCAGGUGCAGGCAGCACCGCCUUCAGACGCUGGUUUUGGGCGGCCUCACUGCUGCAGAAGGCGCGGGAGCAGAGUUUGCGGCGGAACCCCUUCAUGCUCCAGGCUACGAUAAGGAGUGCCUUUGGCGGGGGAAAAAACUGGGCCGUGUGCCUGGAGCUGCUCAGCGAGUCCCUGCGCAAUUCCUUGGAAGCCCAUUGGAACCACUUCGCCGCGGCCGCCGACGGCCUCGCUUGGAGUCCAAACUCCCGGCGCUGCCAGCGGCGCUGGGACUGGGCCUGCUGGCUGCUCAGCGAGCACCUCGCGGAGAAGCAGUCGCUUGAAGCGCAUCGCGGAGACGAGGAGAAGCAGCUACGGCAGCUCGCAGCCCGCACAAGGAGAGGUCUGCGAUCCAUCUCGCGAGCCUGGCAGCUCUCAGCCGGCCCGCUGGAGAGAGAGAGAGAGAGAGCUUCGGUGCGGGAAAGAUGCGGGAAACAUGGUGAAGGCCAUCUUGUGCAGCUUGGGCCAACUUGA